AUGGACCCUGAACACUGGACACAGCCCCUCAUACAUCAUAUGGCAACAGAAAAAAUAUGGACCCUGAACCCUGAACACAGCCCCCUCAUUGGAUAUAACAUUGGUUCCUAUAACUCCAAGGCAAAUCCCAACAAUGUAUCUUUGUCAAUGAAUGUGCUUUGGGUUGCAGUGCUUGCUGCUAGUGAAAACACUUUGCAAGUCUAUCAUUAUCUUCAUUCUUAUUCUUGCUCAACAUCACAUUUCAGAUAG